AUGUCCGCCGGAGAAAGCUACAGGCCGGCUAAGAAGCGGCGGCUGGUACGAGGAGAUGCAUUGGCAGCAGCAGCCGGAACUAGUACUGAAUUCCAUCGCCCUCCCACAAAAAAAUUGCGAAUCCGAUUCAAAGGGCCAGAGCAUGCAAUCAGCCGACUGGGCGACGACCUCAUGGAAGAAAUCCUCAUUCGCCUCCCAAACCCUAGAUCUGCCUCCCGCUGCAAACCAGUAUGCAGGCGGUGGAACUCCAUGAUCUCCAGUCCCUCCUUCAAUCGCCGCUUCGUCUCUCACCACCAGAGCAAAAACAGAGAACCACCUCUGCUUCUUCCCUCCGACGAUCCCCUCUCGUCUUCGAUGCUGAGCUUCCUCCCCGUGCCUGGAGAAUUUCGAUCCAAAUUCAUAGUUUGGGAUUCCUUCAAGGACUUACUCCUAUGCGGAUUUAAGGAUUGGGGUACAUCGAUCUAUUUCGAAAUGGGCAGAUUGUUCUUUCUCUGCAAUCCGUUUACAGAGCAAUGGGUCGCCCUUCCUCUGGCGCCUAUGAGGAUAAACAGCCGUUAUCGAACAACGGAAGUAAAAUUGGUCUGCGAGGAAAUUGGUAAUUCUAAUACCAGUUUGGAUAUGGGAGAUGGACAAGCAUUCGUGUACUCUUCCGACUAUCGAUUCCGCGUUCUGCUUGCGCAUGAAGCCCUUUCAAUGACGCUAUUUGAUUUCUAA